AUGGAGAGCAUGAAUGGGUACACAGAGCCUGACAAAACUCCAUCUUCCAAUGUAUGUCGUGUGCCAAGUGCUGAGACCUUCACUACAGAAGAAGGAAGUGGAACAACGUUCCCCCAGCAGUUGCUGGGCAAAUCGCCAAUGCUUGCCAAACAAGGGUUACCAGAAAAGAAAGAUAGGAAGAGAAAACCAACACUGUCGUCCAGUCUAGAUACGGAUGAAGGCUUCCUGGAAGAAAAUGAGAGUGUGCCAAGCAAGAAAUUCAAGAAAGAUUCCUUGAAAGAUCUAGCAAAGGAUGGAAGUUCGAAACAUGGACCUUCCCUCAGGACCGCCUCUCCUGGAAAUUCUCCCCUGGAUGAGACUGUUCUUUCUCCUCAGAGUGUGUCUGACAAAAGUCUGCUAUUGCCAUCGGUACCAGAACGUGCCCAGGACGACCCACAACACGAUCAAGACCAAUUGUGCCUUGACUCUCACCCAGAGCAACUGCAGCAGGGCUUCCCCAAUUUGGGAAACACCUGUUACAUGAACUCAAUUUUACAGUCACUCUAUGCAAUUCCAUCAUUUGCUGAUGGCUUACUAGGACAAGGUAUUCCAUGGGAGAACAUUCCUUCUGACGUGCUUAUUAUGCCUUUAAGUAUGUUGCUUGCUUUGAAAGAUAUUUGUAAUCUAGAGACUAGCCAAGACCUACUCAGAGAUAUUAAAAAUGCUAUCUCAGCUGUUGCAGAAAUAUUCUCGGGCAACAUGCAGAACGAUGCUCAUGAAUUCUUAUGUCAGUGUUUAGACCAGCUGAAAGGCGAUUUUGAAAAAGUAAACACCAUUUGGAAAACGAGGAGGGAGGCUGGAGAUGAAAAUUCACCUCCAGAGUUGUUUGCUGGUGAUGCUGCCACCAAAGUGUUUGUUUGUCCAGUUGCUUCCAAUUUUGAAUUUGAAUUGCAGGACUACGUGAUUUGCAAAGCCUGUGGUCAAGUUGUUGUCGUGAUAGAGCCUGGUAAUUGUAUCUCCAUCAACCUACACCCAAAACCAAAAGCAUCCCCUUUGUCCCUUCAAAAUUGUUUUGAUCUUUUCUUUACAACAGAAGAAUGUGAGCGCCUCUGUGAAAUGUGUAACCACAAGAAGGCUGUGGUGAUGCAUAAAUUUGGCAGGCUACCCAGAGUCUUCAUUGUUCAUCUGAAACGCUACAGUUUGAGUGACACUUACGUGCUAAUGAAGGAUGACCAACAAGUUCUUAUUCCCAAAUAUUUGAGUUUAUCCUCUAAUUGCAAUGAAGACACCAGACCACCACUUCCCUUGGAUAGUAAUGCACCUGUGUUGGACCCCGAAGUACUGAACCUCACCCAAGAGGUUAAUUCUGAGAGAGUCAGCCCAUGCACAUCAUCUGUGAAGCUGACCUGGCAAUCCAGUGACUCUUCAGUUCUGCAUGUUGCACCAGACGAAGAUGCUGAACAAAACACACCUCAGAGAAUUUGGCAAGCCAGGCCAAAGGAGCAGCAGCAGAGUGACCUAGCAAGUGGCUCAAAUCUGGAGUCCAAACUGGGCAACGCAAGAGAUAGGGAAGUCAGAGAAAUGGAGAUGCUGGCAGCUGCCUCAGUGAUGGAUCAGGGAGACAUCUCUCUUCUUAUGAUCUGUGAAGAUGAAAGUAAUCCUAUAAACAACCCAGACAGAGGACUUGAAGAAGUUUGUUGUCAAGAGGAGCCUGAAAAUCCAGAACCCAAGGACGAUGAGAAAACCAGUACAUUGGUAGAGUUAGAUUUUGAUCAUACAUCGUGGGCAUGGAGAACCAUAGCUAAGGUCAAGGAACCAAAAGGAAGCAUGCAAAUGGGAGAUGCUCUUCAUUCUUACCGACUGAUCAGCGUCAUCAGCCACAUAGGGAACUCCCCGUGUGCAGGCCAUUACAUCAGCGACGUGUAUGACUUUCAGAAGCAGGCCUGGUUCACGUAUAGUGAUCUGAGGGUGGCAGAAAUCCCAGAGGCCAUGGUGCAGGAGGCAAGGCUUCACAGUGGGUACAUCUUUUUUUACAUGCACAAUGACAUUUUUGAGGCACUUGUGAGCAAGGCAGAGAAGUCCCAGCUAACCAGCCAACAGGAAGAGGUGUUCCUUCCAGGAGAAUAA